CACACGUCGUACUCUGACAGAGCCGGUCAUUAAUGUGCGCUUGCAGCGGGAUGAUAUAACACAAAGCUUAAGUUAUCCAGCAGGAAUUCAAGGUUGGAGGAGUGGCGGCGGAUUAAAGUAUUUUUACCGCAGAGCCAUGAAUCGGUGGCGCUCAUCCCACAGCGAGCGCCACACGGAGAGGACGGAGUAGCCGGGCUGGUCUUCACCAAUCUUCUUGGAGCAUGAGGCGGGCACCAUGGGCUUUCUGGAAAACUACCAGGAGAUCGACCCGGUCACUCUGAACCUCUGCAUCCUCAUCGCCAGCUACGUGAUCCUGCUCCUGGUCUUCCUCAUAUCCUGCAUCAUGUACGACUGCCGGGGGAAAGACCCCACCAAGGAGUACGCGCCGGACCCCCAACCCGCCCAGUCUCCCAUCCGGCUGGUGGUGAUGCAGGGAGCUCCGGCGCCGGUGGGUCGGUGGGACACGGCCAACAUGAUCACCACCUACCACGAGGCCAUGCACGCCGACUUCAGGGAGAAGAAGAGCACCAUGGUUUAAGUGCCUCCUUCUCCUCCGCCUCGCGCUCUACGAUACUCUUUUGUACAUAUCCUUCCUGUGUUUGUCGGACCUGGUUUGGACCCCCGGAGGAGCCACCUCGCACGGUAAGUAACAUGUGUCGUUGUCUUAGUGAAAUCCCUCUCAAGGCGCUGAAGGCAAAGCCGGCCAGGGGAAACGUCACAGCUGAUCAAGGAGACGGAACAACACCGUCGCUCUUGUCGACUCUGAGGGACACUGAGGAAUGGGGUCAGCGGGCAGCUUUGCUCAGGGCUUCACCUCAUCCUUGUUCCACACCCUGGGUCUGAGCCAGGGCACCGAGGUUUGACCUGGGCUAGUAGCGAGCACACGCUCCACUAGACGGGAUGCUAGGUUUAGCGGUCCAAAGUCUGGCCGGGGGGCCAUUUGUGGCCACCAUCAGCUUCCACUUGGCCAUUAUUGACAGGUCCUCGCAUCAAGUCGAGCCCUGGCAACAGCUUUGGCUGACAACACGACCUGGGGUCAUCAAUGGGACCAGCCUAACGCCCGACCGUCUGCCACUUCCCGAUCAGCCAUCGACCAAUGUUCAGGUCUGCACCAACAAACCUCAUGACAGCGGCAGUUUCAGAAACGCUUGUUGGUUGCCGUGGUGACAGCAAGACUCUGCGUGGACAUGAUGUCCUGUGAUCAAGACAGCAAAGGACAUGGAGCGUCUUCACGACAGAGACCUCUUUCCUUUGAUCCUCACAGAAAACACCGCUGGAGGAAGCUUCCAAACACGGCAGAUGUACGUUGAAGCAGGAGUUAAGAAGCCAUGACUGACAGCUGUCAAUCUGUCUUGGUUGUUCUUGCUCUCGAGUGACAAAUGUUGGGAGAGGGCUGGAGAAGACCCAGGAGGUUGGCUUGUAGUUCAUCAGGAGCAGCCACCUCUCCUCGAUGUUCAGCCUCUGGUGGCAUGGAGCAGACAUGGAAGUGAGAACCGAGCCCAUGAUACGGACACCAGCUGCGCACCUCUGAAGCUCCCAGGUGGAGCGAGGGCGGAGCGCACCUCUGAAGCUCCCAGGUGGAGCGAGGGCGGAGCGCACCUCUGAAGGUCCCAGGUGCAGCGAGGGCGGAGCGCACCUCUGAAGG